AUGGACCAGCAAGACACCAUCCACGAAGAGGAUGAAAAUAUUUCCGAGUCUGCCUCUUCCAGUGAUAGUGAGCAAAGUUGCAACAGCAGCAGUAGUAGCGAUUCAAAUCGAAGCAGUUCUAUCUCUAAUUCAAUCGGAGAAGACAGAGAUUGGAAUUCAGUAGCUUCUGCCCCCUCUGAACUUGGAGAGUUAGAUGCUCCUAUUCCUUCAAAACACCCCCACUCCCACACACACUACCAACGCCCAAAGUCGUCAUCAGUGAAAGGCUGUGAUUUUCUUAGCACUCAGGAUGGAAAACGCUCUGUGCGCCUAAAGUGUCAUCGAACUGGAGGUCUGACUGUCAUCUAUCCCGAGGAUUCCCUCUACUCAGCAUUAAGACUCCUGGCACACUGUAAACUUCAUCGUCUACCGGUAUUCGAUGACCCCGUGUGCGGGAGCGGAAAUCCUCUCUUCGUUCUCACCCACAGAUCUCUUCUGGCUUAUCUCUAUAAGAAACAGAUUGACCUUCCCAGACCCAAGUAUCUUCAGGCGCAACUCAAAGAGGUUGGAGUGGGAACCUAUAAAAACCUCUCCUUAGUUCUGCCUUCCACGAAACUUGUCGAUGCUUUGGCCUUCUUUGAAAACGAAACCGUCUCGGCUCUUCCGGUGGUGGAUUCCUACGCCAAUCGACGCCUUCUUGAUAUCUUCGCCAAAUUCGACGUCAUUAAAGAUCCUGUACGACCUUUCACUCUCGUCCUCAAGGUUCUCGCACUUCCGGUGUUGGAAGAUUUCUCUUCCUCUUUCGACUGGUCGAAUACCCUUAUUCUGGCUGGAAAGCAUAGAAAGCCUGACAUGACGGUUCAAGAUGUGCUUGAUAUAUGCAAGCAAAUACACCGUGGAGUCAUACCCAUUCCAGAGGGACAAAACAAAUUCGAUGUGGAAAUCUGCCUUACAACGGACACAAUUCAGUUCGCGUUGAAUAAACUCAUGCGCACUGGGUAUCAUCGGCUGAUAAUCGUCGACAAUCACACUAACUGUCGUGUUGAAGGUGUGGUUAGUAUCUCCGACCUUCUCUACUACAUGGUCCUUCGACCCUCUCCACGCGGUCCUAUCGCAUCGGUUAACGCUUUGGAUAACAAAUCCACCACGGAGACUAAUUCUACGUACGAAGAAGGGACCAAUCCUGAUUGGCUAUUUUACUCCGAACAAGAUCCAAACGCAAUGGGACGAAACCCUUGCGUGCCAAUGGUUAAAGGACUUCCUGAUCGCAUUGACUCUAAUGGAAAAGAGACGAAAAGGACAACGACCAGACCAACAAAGCAAGAGAUUACACGAAUCCGAAUGAUUUCGGAAAGCUCGGUGACAACUGGAAGUACUACUUCAUCGAGGUCAACCUCAAGUUCUUCUACAACUUCAAGUAGUUCCACAUACUCCUCAUCGUCAAGCUCCUCUCUUAACUCCUCCUCAACGACCUCGACCUCAUCUAGGUCAAGGUCUAGCUCCCCAACUGCUGUUGAUCGGUCUAAUUCUAGGGGGCUGCCUGAGAGAGCCUAUGUAGUCGAUAAUCGGAAAGGAAGUGAUGGAAAAUCCCAGACGAAAACCCUGAGCUCAUAA